AUGGCCAGGAACAUGUCGAAUAUGCCCAUGAUGCAGCCGCGUCAAGAGCUGACUCCUCGGCCCAAGUUGAAGGCUCCGGAUGUGUUCGACGGUACAAGUGCCCAAAAGUUGGAUCCCUUCCUCGUCCAGUGCAUGAUGUAUAUUUCGCUCUGGCCCCACAAGUUCACCACCAAAGACUCCAAGGUCAGCUUCAUUAUGUCGUACCUAUCUGGCUCCCCCUACAACUGGUUCCAAUCACAAAUCACUGCCGCCCUCAAAACCGGUAUGACCCAGCCGCUUCCGUGGCUUUUGGAUGUUGCGCUCUUCAUUCAGGAGCUCAAGCAACUUUUCGGCCCACAAGAUCCGGUUGCAGAUGCUUAUGUGGGUCGCACAGGAUGGAACGAACGGGCCCUUUAUCAUCAGUACUACAAAGGACUUCCGAACCGGAUCAAGGACAAAUUUCCUCAGCUUGAUCAUUGCUAUUGGGAGCACCAAAACAAGAUCAAUCACGAAAAGCGCAAAGACAACACCAACAGCAAGUCCGGCACCAGCAACAACAACAGCAGCAACAACUCCGGCUCAUCAAACUCCAAAGGCAACUCAGCCGGGUCGUCUUCCGGCUCUGGCUCUUCGAACUCCAAGUCCGGCUCCAACUCCAGCAACAACAGCAAGGAUAAGGAUAAGUCAAAAUCCAAAGGCUCUUCUUCGGAUAAGCCAAAUCCUCUGGCUGACAAGUUGGGUGCCGAUGGAAAGCUCAAGCCCAAGAAACGUGAACGCCGCUCAAGGGAGGCCUCUGCCUCUUCUGUGGCAAAGCUGGCCAUGUUGCUUCUGACUGUCACAAGCAUAACUCCGCCAAAAGUUGUGCCUCAUCUACUACAGCCGCUCCUCCUUACACCGCUUCCGCACCUGCCACUCCGGCUGCGAAGGACACUAAGUCCAGAACAGCAAAAGAGUAAGCAGCCCUCCGCCUUCGGCAUUGCCAGAGGGUUGUGGUUGCUCUCGCAAUGUCCCCAAAGAAGUUCGCCUUAA